AUAGAGGGCAACACUUUCAAAAAGAAGAAGCGCAACCUACCGGCAAAAGUUUUAACUUCACACUGCAUAUAGUUUGACUAGCGUAAUACUGUGACUCAGCUAGUAUCAAGUCACAUUGAACUCGACCAUUUUACUUAAAAGGGACGAAGGCACCCGAAUGAUAUUGCCACAAAUCCAACUGAUACUACAGUUUAUGGGAUUUACAUUAAACGGCGUACAUUACAUGUCACUGUUUCUACAAUAGCAUCGUUGCUAUUGUUUUUGCUGGCGUAUUUCUUAUCGCAGGUUAUAUAAAUUAUAAACUUUAACGUUCAUUUUAAAUAAAUGAAUAAAAUACAUAUGAAACGUAAGUGCUGUGUAAUUGGGUGUAUAAGUAACUGCCAGAAUAUGGCAGUAAAAUAUUACUGUUUCCCAGGACGCACAUGGGAACAUAAGCGAAAAAGUAUAUGGAUUGCUAAUACACAAGAAAAUAUGAAUCAAGAUAAAUUAUGGAAGCCAACAAAGAAUUCCCGAAUUUGUAGUUUACAUUUUGAAGGCGGUGAAAAAUCAAAUGAUCCACGAAAACUAUCAUACAACCCAACAAUUUUUCCAUGGGGAAAAUCAAACUCAGUUUACUGUACUUCAGGUAAACCUUUACUUUCACCAUCAAAGGAAAUGAACAUGAGUAUGGAAAACUUCUCGAAACAAACGAAUGAAAUUGAGGUCCAAACAGACUUCCCUAGUGAUUAUUCCAGCGAUGAUUUUUGCGAAAUCUCUUGUUGGCAUGAUUCACUAAAAAAUAUAGUUUCAACUCAAAUAUCAAUUAGAAAAAAAAAAAAUUCUGAACAAUCGACUCAAACUUCAGAGGAUACUGUUAGAAAUGACCAUGAUCAUAAUUUUCAUUUUAAAAAUAAUGUUGGCUUUUUAAGAUUGGAAGACAUUAAGGAUAAUGGAAUGAUGAAACAAUUUGGAGGUACCACAUCAUCGUUUUUUGAAAAUUUGCUGGACGAUAUUAAAGUAAAUAAUACCAAUCACAAAUUUAUAAAGAAAGUCACAAAUGAAAACCGAUUGUUAUUGUUUCUAAUGAAAGUAAAGCUAGGAUUGAAUUUUAAUGCACUUGGGUGCAUAUUCAAAAUUUCUAAUGUAUGUGCCUCUACAAUUUUCCAUAAUAUUUUGGAAGCAUUGAAUUUAACAGCAAAGAAAUUAAUUAAAUGGCCUAAUAAAGAAACAAUGAAACAGAAUAUGUCUCCCGUAUUUUAUCAACACCCGAACUGCCGUGUAGUCAUCGAUUUUCUUGAAUAUCGACUGUAUACGACACCUUCAGUAGAACAACGGGCACUCAGACAUUCAAGUUUCAAGGGAUAUUUCGUGGUUAAAUUUUUAAUAGGUAUCGGAAUUAACGGCGAGAUAAUAUUUAUAUCCCAAAGUUAUGACAUUCAAGCUUCAAAUUGUUACAUUGUUGAAGAUUGCGGAAUUUUGAAUUUAUUGGAAACUGGCGACGAAAUAAUUACUCUAAAAGAGUUACAUGAAUUACGAUCUAGAGAAAACCUAAAAAAAAUUGAAUUUAAAUUUAUUCCUGUUAAAUGUAAUUAUUUAACGAACAUGAGUAAGAAAAACAAUGAUCGUAAUACAGAAUUAAUAAUUAAAUAUAUUGAUAGAAUAUUUACAAAAUUAAAACAAUUUCAUAUUAUGGAUCACUUAAAUACAAAAUUGUUUCCAGAUAUUAAUAAAAUAAUGUCAAUAGUUUGUUUAUUAGCAAAUAAAAUGGAAUGAAAAUCAUUCAAAUUCUUAUCUCGACUACAUUAGCGAAUAAAAGAAAUUUAGUCCUCUAAAUAUAUUGGCUAAUAUUAAUUCUUCAAUCAGUUUUUAAUAGUCUUUAAGACCCUGUUCGACAUAUUUUUUUCUGAUCUUAAUGUCAAAAUAAUUAAUGAUAUAAUGAAAUAAUAAUUUUGGUUAUAAUUUCAGUCUGCCUAUAAGAUAAUUUUUAAGUAACCAAAAAAAAAAAAAAUGAAUGUUAUCUAGAAAGAAUGUGGAACUGCGUCCAAAAGUUCCAAGCCAUAAACAUCAAUUGUAUAAAAAUAAGAUAAAAACUGUGAUACGUUUUUUUCAAUAACAAAGAAUAUUUAAUAA